UGUCCAUGAACGUGGUGACGAGUGACGAUGACAUUGACAUUUAUCUCACCACAUCUGUCCUCGUUUUGUUAUCACUCAUAUGAACAUUGCAUUAAGAUUUUCACUCUGCCAUUUUAAUUAGUUAUUUUUCUAUUUCGUCGUCCAUUAAUUUUUUGAAGAACGAGUUAUAUAAAGUUUUCUCGACAUUUCACAAUGUCAUGCCUUACACAACCCCUUUGUAAAGUCUCUAUUGGUGGGCUUGAGCUAGUCAAAGACUUGAUUAAAAAAGCUCAUCAUGAGUUUGACAUUGUUUACGACGUAUAUUUGGCAAACCAUUUACCGCAUGGAUUGUACACAAUUUUGUCACUCGGAGGAUCGCUGGAGAGGAUACAAGAAUAUUAUGACCAUUACGUGAAACGAUUGGAACCUUUGAGACCAGCAAAGUUUCAAAUCACAAAUUGGGAAAGUCAUAUUGGCGACAAGACAGUGUAUCCAGAGUUCUUACAAUUUUUCGACCAGGAAAUAAAAGAAAAUGGUUUGGAAGCAACUUUUUCACAGUAUUUCCCGAAACUUAUGGGAUUCUCGCUGGGUGCAGCAUUGCACCCACUGAUUCACAUUGGCUACGGAAUGGAGUACACUGAUCCUUGGGUUUUAGCGGAAGGACUCUCGUACGCAUGUACAUAUCCACUUCAAGGCAGUUCAAUAAUUCUUGGCAUUGAUCAAGAAACUCAGAAACCAAUAAAGUCUGCAACAGUUCUGGAUCUUAUUAACCAAGUAGGUGAACUUGACUUGCCAGUGUUGACGGAUGAAAUUGGUAAUUUUCACUACAAGACAGAAUAUCUGCUCAAAAACUGUGGAGAAACAUUUAGGAAUUUGAUAUUAAGUUGGGAACUUCCAUUAUCUAACGAAUCGCUUGAAAUUAAACUGAAUGAAUUGACCGAGGCCUCGAUUCUGGGUGCCUUUGCGACACAUCCAGAUAAAAUUGACUUCUUUUUGGUACAUGGCGUUACUGGGAAUCAUGCCAUACGAACGGUAUUCAGGCAUUUAGAUGAGAAACAUCAAAGGAAUCUCCUACGAAUAAAUUUGCUUGGACUGUUGACGGAUUAUGUGGUGCAAAAGAGGCCUCAAAUAGAUAUCGAUUAUGUUCGGAAAUACCAUCAGAAAGCAAAAGUGGAAAAGGAAAAUCAAGAAAUUUCGUGGAAUAAUCUGAUCACAAAAGCAGUCGAACGGGACGAGGAACAUAUUGCGAAAGUUGUUCGAAGCGUCAUUUUUUACAUGGAAAAUGUCCCCGUCUCGGAAAGAUCACGACUCUUUACAGAUGACUUUUGCAAGUGGUGUGUUUUUAAAGCCAUCGAUAUCCUGAAAGAUACUAAUGAUUUCAUAUUCCAUUGACUUGCAAAUAAGUUUGUAUGUCUAAAAGAAGGCGAAAUCAGAAAUUUCUGAUAAAAAUUGAUUAGCCAUGCGAUAAAGUAAUAAAUGAAUUUCUGUACGUUUAUAUUUUUA